GGAUGUAAGAUUGGGGUGAGACGAGACGCGCCGCCACCGUCCAACCAGCAAGAUAGACGAAGAAUGACAAGGCAACAUUAAAUUUUACUACUCACUCACCGGCAACUCUCCUCUCUUCCACACUCGGUCGAAGUCUACUCUGGAAGUCCAGCCGUCUGAACGAGACUAAGCGGGCGAUUUGAGCAACAGCGAUUGUUGGAAAGUCUCUCUGGUUGUUUUAUAUUUCUGAAAACAAUUGAUCCGUGGAAUCAUGUUUUUGACAAGGUCUGAGUAUGACAGAGGUGUCAACACUUUCUCACCUGAGGGACGAAUUUUCCAGGUCGAGUAUGCUAUCGAAGCGAUCAAACUUGGAUCGACCGUAAUUGGAAUUUGCACCAGCGAGGGGGUCGUCCUAGUUGUGGAGAAGCGAAUUACUUCUCCUUUGAUGGAGCCGUCAACGAUUGAGAAAAUUGCAGAAGUGGAUAAGCACAUUGGAGUUGCGUGUAGUGGUUUGACGGCCGAUUCCAAAACUUUGAUUGAUAGAGCCCGUCUAGAGUCUCAAAAUCAUUGGUUCACCUACAAUGAGAAGAUGAGUGUGGAAUCUGUGUCUCAGGCUGUAAGCAAUCUUGCAAUCAAGUUUGGAGAUUCGGAUGACGACGAGGGGGCUAUGAGUAGACCUUUCGGAGUGGCCUUGUUGUUUGCUGGGUGCGAUGAAAAAGGGCCACAACUGUAUCACAUGGACCCUUCUGGCACCUACGUACAAUAUGAUGCGAAAGCAAUUGGUUCCGGAAGUGAAGGUGCCCAACAGACUCUGGUUGAAAUGUAUAAUAAGACGAUGACCCUGAAAGAAGCCACGAAGACGUCGUUAACGAUUCUCAAGCAAGUCAUGGAGGAGAAGCUGAAUUCAACGAAUGUUGAAGUAGCGGUGGUCACCCCGACUGCUCGUUUCCAUAUGUUCAGUAAGGAAGAAGUUGAAGAGGCAAUUAAGGAUGUUGCUUAAAACGUUAUGCACUUUAACACAUACGGUGAUUCUGAAUAAUUCGAAUUUUCUAUUUCUAUCUAUAUGUUAGCAUAAUCUACAUAAUACAUAAGUCGCGGCAGUAUUUGCAGUAAAAGAAAUUCUUGUAUUGUAUACGACCAGUUUAUUUGUUGUUACUUUCGGAACAGGAAAUAGAUAAUUCAAUCUCCGGUAAAUUCAUUAAUUUUAACCUUUCCUCAAAAGUAGCGAGGAUGGAUAGAGUGCAUAAGUUCUUAUUUUCACCUUGUUAAGCAUACAUGUAAGUAAUCCCAAAAAAGUGAACCAAUUUACGGUAUUAAAUGCUCCCGUUAUAUUUUAGUGUA